UCCGGUGCGACACUUCCGGUGAGGAAAACCAACAUGGCGGCGGCCGUACGGGACUCACGUGGGAGUGCGGGGAAGAAGCUGAAAAAUGCCCUCAAGAGGAAGAAGAAGAUGAAAAUGCUGGCCAAGGCGGCGGCAUCGGAGCCGGAAGAGGAGGACCGAGACGCUGCCGACGUGGGAGGUUCUACCAGAAGGUGUGCAUCACAGAAGGCUCACUUCUCUUCCGAUGACGAAGCAGCGGAGGCUGACAACGAAGAUGAGCUUGAACCCUGUGACGAUAACAGUGAAAAUGCGGCGGGAGCCGCUGCGGGGACCAGCUCGGGCUGGGCCGACGCCAUGGCUAAAAUCCUGAACAAGAAAACCCCUAAGAGCAAACCCACCAUCCUGGUCAAAAACAAGGAGCUGGAAAAGGAAAAGGAGAAGUUAAAGCAGGAGAGACUGGAGAAGAGAAAGCAGCUCGAUAAGAAGCGGGAGUGGGAGAUGAUGUGCAGGGUCAAGCCAGAUGUGGUCACAGACAAAGACACCGAGAGGAACCUGCAGAGGAUCGCCACGAGGGGUGUGGUGCAGUUGUUUAACGCCGUCCAGAAGCAUCAGAAGAACGUGGACGAGAAGGUGAAGGAAGCCGGAAGCUCCAUCAGGAAGCGUGCGAAGUUGAUGUCAACCGUUUCCAAGAAAGACUUCAUCAGCGUUCUGCGGGGCCUGGACGGAAGUGCCAGCGAGAAAGCUUCGACCGGAAAGAGCUCGCAGGCCAAACAGACUGAAGCGAGAGAAGAGCGCCCCGGAUGGAGCAUCCUGCGAGAUGACUUCAUGAUGGGAGCGUCCAUGAAGGACUGGGACAAAGAGAGCGACGGGCCGGAUGGCAGCAGUCCGGGCGGGGGAAGUGACUCCGACACAUAGUAGGUGUGCAGGAGGCACGGCACAUCGCUCUGUUCUCCCCAGAGAAAACUCCUCUGGCUCCGAGAGCCGGGGGACAUCGGGACGCCAUGUCUAAGGAAGCAGAAGACUUGGGCUUCUCACCUAAACGUCGUUCACGUCACGCGUUCGAACUGUGUAUAAUUUUAAGCAUUUGUAAAAAGAAAUGUCCCUCAAAACAUUUGUGAAAGGAAAUGUUUGCCCCAUCACUGGUUUACAUGUUGGCCAAGGGUUUUUGCUGUUUUGUCGCAGGUAUGGUAUUAUCAGCAUUUCCAGAAAUGCAGUGAUACUCACCACGAAAAUGAACUCAUCUUAAUGUUUCCCGCCCACAGAUCUGUGCAUUUGUCAUUUGGGGGCAAAGGUUGAUGUUUGUUUUGGUGAGUGAGCUAUUGAGAAAACAUAGGUAGUAAAAUUUUAAAUUUCUGGUUUGGGGGUGAUGCUUUUAUUUUUUUAGAUAUUCUGACAAAUAUAUAACAAACAUGUCAAAUCUAUACUUUUCUAUUACUUUUAUGUGCUGAGUACUGUAUAUAAAUAAUGCCUUAAGAUUUA